AUGCCACGAUAUGUCAACCCAUGGUCCUCGUACAGACAUCUCUCAGCUAUUGAAAAGCUCUCUUCGUUAUCCCUACGCCUCAAAUUCCCACCCGAGACCAACGAGCGCAUACCUAUCAGACAAAAGAUAGUUUUCCCUUCAUCCCCUCCUCAGAUCGAUGAUGGUCCAAAGAUCAUAUGGCUAGGACAUGCAAGCGUAUACCUUCUCUUGCCUCUUGCCAUCCCUGCUGAAGGGAGAGAAUGGAGAGGUAUUUUGCUCGAUCCUGUCUUUUCCGAGAGAUGUUCUCCUGUUAGUUUUCUAGGACCUAAGAGGAGGAUCGAAGCUCCCUGUAGAGUAGAGGAAUUACCACGAGUAGAUGUGGUGUUCAUUUCGCAUGAUCACUAUGACCAUCUUGAUGAAGCAUCGAUCAAGUCGGUUCAGAAGCAUCAUCCGGCCGCUCAGUAUUUCGUACCGCAGAGCUUAGGAGCGUUAUUGACCAAAUUCGGAAUUGACUCAACUCAUGUGAAAGAGAUGAACUGGUGGGACGAAGAUGUCUUUUCCUUAUCCUUAAACAGCCCGGACUCUCAAGGUUCAUCGCCAGGUUUGAAGGUUGAAAGAACAGUAUACAUGUCAGCAUCAUCGCCUAUCAAGAGUCAGUUGUCCUUAAGUGGAGAAGAAUGUCAAGCUUUGUCACUCUCUCCUGUCAAAGAGGAACAGCAUAUUGAUGAAGUCCCUUUUUCUCCUAAGUCCUAUGCAUCUCCUCUCACUCCCAGUACACUAUGGGAUACUGUCGCUUCUUCAAGUACCAAUAAGCGUGUGGAUGAUACGCUUAAAAUUGUCUGUUGUCCCGCACAGCAUAAUUCCGGUCGGAAACUGUUUGGCAAAAACAAGACACUAUGGUGUACGUGGUGGAUCGAAUAUGACAUGCCAAAUAGUCAAAGAUGGAAAUGUUUCUUUGGGGGUGAUACGGGUUAUAAGUCUAUUAUUGAUGGUCCGACCUGUCCCGCCUUUCCAUUGAUACGAAAUCGAUAUGGUUCACCCGACCUAGCUCUCCUUCCUAUAGCUCACGGAUCAGUGCUACCUUACCUGCAAUCUUUAUUCCCAUUUAUCAAAUUUGACGCUCAACGUCUAACGUCUGCUAUCCACUGUUCACCCUCUGACGCAAUUACCUUACACCAGGAACUAAGUGCAAAGAUCACUAUGCCAAUACAUUGGGCGACGUGGUCGACCGAGAUUGGUACGAGGGAGAUUGCCAGAUAUCUAUAUUCCGCAUGUAGGCAGUCGAAUGUCAAUCUCAAAUGGCAGGACCAAGACGAUGGAAGUAUUCCGAAUUGGUACCAGGGAGUGAUAGUGAAUGAUAUUGGUAGUUCAGUAGGUAUAAGUAUAGGGAAUGGUUUGAUUUGUUGCGCCGAGUAA